AUGUCAUCAGAAUCACUGAAAUUUAUCGUGGAAAACUUAAAUGCGCCACCAUUCAAUUGUAAUACGUCAUUGAUCGCUUUCGACACCUGGCCACCGAAUGUUCUGCUACAGCAACUGAGUGAUGUUAUCAGCUGGAUCACCAAACGGCUAAUACUGAUAUCUCAAAGGAGACUCCAGAUGAAACUGCUCUACGGAAUUCUGUACAACCUCAAGAUUCUCCGAUUCAAACCACCUUCUGACAUUGAACAGUUGGAUGAAUGGAGAGCAGGUUUGGUCGAGGGCGCAAAGAAGUCCGUUUAUCCUGUGCUUAUCUAUCUAUUUUCCAACACUGAUAUAUGCUCAACAAGGGCUUAUCUCGCUAAAUAUCUCAUACAGGAUGAAAUUCCCAGUAAUCUAAUGGACAACGAUGUAAAUCAACUGCGAAACGAACUAGCUCAGUACCAGGAAAGAUUCAAGGAGAUGCACGCAAAUGUUCUCGAAGUCCAGCAAGACACUAUGCUCAUCGAAGACAUAAAAGCUGAUCUGAAGUCAAUGGAAGCAGAAAAGGAGGGGCUGACAAGAAAAAUCCAAAAUCUUCCUGCACUGGAGAGGCAAAUGGCAGCAGCUGAUCAGCUCAGCUUGCACAAGGAACGCCUAGAACACAUGGAAAUGCAACGAUCGGAGCAGCGCGACGGGGUAAUCCAUGCCGAGAAACGAGUUCAACGUCUCAAAGAUCAGCUCAACGAAUUACGCCAAGCAUCAGAGGACAUUGAUCCCUCGAAUCUUAUCGCUCAGUUGAAGGACGAAAUCGCAACGAAUUCGUACCUUUAUGAGACGAAACUUGCAAAAGAGAUCGAGCAAAAACGUCAAGUGGUCAGUGAACUCGUCAAUGCAACGAAUAUAACAGCAACGAGCAAUUUCGACAUUAAUGCUUUGCAGGCUGAGGUGAGUUAG